AUGAAGAUUUUGUGGAGAAACUCAAGCAAUACUACUAUUCGUUCUCAACCUUCAUGCGGUUAUACUGAUAAGGUUGAUUACCAAGCACCAAGAAAAAAGAAACAAACAUAUGUGCCUUAUAAUUCAGUUGCUCAAAAUGAUGUACGGAUUGACACCCAGACUAAAUGUAUUGGCAUAAACAAAGAUUAUUUGGAUUCAGGUGAUGCGGUAUACGUUUGCUCUGUAUGUAAAACUAGGGUUUGGAAGGGAGAAGCAAUAAGAGGAAAUAAAGAUUUAAGGAAAACCUCUUAUUCCAUAUGUUGUUACAACGGAAAAGUAGAAUUACCAAACUUGAUUCACCCACCUCAGUUAUUGCUUGAUUUAUAUAGCGGAGUUACUGAAAAAAGUCAGAACUUUAUAAAAAAUAUUCGUAGAUACAAUAUAAUGUUUGCAUUUACAUCUAUGGAUGAUAAGACUGAUCAUGUCAUUAACUCUGGAGGUGGUCCUUAUGUUUAUCGAAUGCAUGGACAAAAUUAUCAUAUUGCAGGCAGCUUACUACCAGAGGAAGGCGAAUUACCAAAAUUUUGCCAAUUGUAUAUAUACGAUACAGAUCACGAGGUUGACAACAGAUUCAAUACAUACGAUUCAAAAAAGAAAAAUUCAACAUCUCAUAAUUCAAUGGGAAAUCAUUUUUCACCGGAGUUCUUGACUAUUCAUGAGCUAAUGGGUUUAUUGGAUUUUAUAAAUCCAUUAGUUAAGCAAUUUAGAAUGGAACGUGAUCGAUUUGGAUCGAAUCCAACAGAGCGUAUUAUGCUUAAAUUAAUUGGGACAAUAGAAAAGGACGGUAGACAGUAUAAUCUUCCUACCACAAGUGAGGUUGCUGCACUUAUUACACAUUUGAAGCAAUACCAAGCCCAUAUGAAUCUUGAGUGGUGUAAUCAGCUUGGAUCGAUAAAAUACCUUUUUAAGUAUAUUAACAAAGGUCUAGACAGGAUCACCGCGUCUUUUUACGACGCCAAAAAUAACAAAAAACAACAUAAAGAAAAUAACGAUCGUGAUGAAAUUGUUGAGUAUUACAAUUGUCGUUAUAUUUCUGCUUGUGAGGCAUGUUGGAGACUUUUUAGGUAUUACAUUCAUUAUAGAACACCACAUGUUGAAAGAUUGUCGUUUCACCUACAAGACAAACAACUUGUUGUGUUUAAACCAUCCCAACGUGUUACUAAUGUUGUUUCUAAACCAACUAUUGCUGCUUCUCAAUUUUUGGCCUGGAUGGAAUGUAAUAGCUACGACGAAAAGGCAAGGGAGUUAUCCUAUGUUGAAUUCCCAACUCAAUAUGUUUGGAAUAAAUCAGAUAAAGUAUGGACAAGAAGAAAAACAAAGACAAAGUCACUUGGCAGAAUUAAUCAUGUGUCUCCCAAGUCUCUAUUCGUUAUGUUGAUUACACCAGAUAGUCUAUCCCGACCUCAUCAUGUUUUUAAAGAGACAUAUAAUUGUCUUUCUGAUGAUGUCGUUCACGUUCGCGAACAAGAAAUAGGAGUGAAAGGCUUGAAGCUAAAACCGGAAGCAAUUUACCACCUAACGUUGUCGUACAUUGAGAAAUCUUUAUUGAGCUGUGGAGUGAGUUUUAAGCAAAUACCCAAUAUGCCAUUACUUGAUCACAAAUAUAUUCAAGAUUCUUACAAUAUGUUAAUUCAAUAUGAGCUUAAUUAUGAUCCAUCCAGUCUUGAAUCUGAACAUCAACAUCUGCAUUCAAAAUUAAAGGUCGAGCAAAAAAAUGUUUAUGAUAUCGUUAUGAAUGCAGUUAACAACAAAAAAGGUAGGUGGAUUCUCGAGUUCCUCAUAAGACAACACUCACUCGACGAUCGUUUAUUAAACGUUCUAAUUCCCGUUCUUCCUUUGCCAAACAACGACCCAAGCAUUACAAAGAGUCUGCUCUUGCGAAAAUUGGAGUCUGAUAUCAAAAAAGGUACAAUCUCCGAACGUACUCUCGAAUUCUUAGAACAAAUUGAAGAAUUGGAUCAUAGAGAAGGAAAUACUGAGGUUUCUGAAGCCAUGAAAGCAGCGUAUUGCGCUGUUGCGGUGCAUUGUACAGUAAAGUUGAUUGAAGGGAGUGGGGAUGAUGAUACAUACAGGUAUUUUUGUGCUGUGAGUAGGAUUUGGAGGGGUAGGGCUGAAAAAAUGGAGAAAUUUGAUGUGGCAAACGGAGUGGGCUUGGUUUCGGAUGAUUUGUUGGGUUGGAUGGAUUAUCUUGAGGCUGGCGUUUGGGUUCCAAAUUAUUUUGAAAAAGUCUUGGUGAAGUAUAAGGGAUUGGAUGUAGUGGAUGCCGUUUGUUGUUAUGUCAAGGAGGCUAAAGAAAAAAUGGGUCCUACGUUCCUUGAAUUAGUGGCUGAGACACUGGGUGAUGAUAUGCCAAGGAAGGUUUUGGAUUUGUGUAAAGAGGAAGAACAUCAUGAUCAGAUUAAAGAAGUAGCUGCAGAUGGUGCUUCAAAUGAUGAUCAAUGUGUUAAUGCCAAUCUCAAUAGAGAGGACAAAGGUGCCCAUAAUAGGGUUGGUGUAGAUGAUCCCAGUCCUUCGUGUGAUCAUGGUGAAGCUCUACAUGCUAAUGGAGAUGAUCAGAAGGAGCCUAAAGUUAGCCUAAUUGAACAAAAUAGCACUUCCCAUGUCUUUGAGUGGAGUGACUCCAUUGAUAGUUCCAACAAAGAUUCACCAAAAAAGCGACCCAUUGCACCUCUCAAGUACAAAAACAAGAAACUCCCACAAACAAGAAAGAAAAUGAGAUGGAGUAUCACAGAGGAGGACACUCUGCGAACAGGGGUACUAAAGUAUGGUAAAGGAAAUUGGAAGCUGAUGUUAAAUAUAUAUCGUGACAUAUUUGUAGAUAGAACGGAGGCCCAUGGUUUCAGGUUGAUUUGAAGGACAAAUGGAGAAAUUUGACACGUUGACAAGUCAAAUCAAUCAAUUAGAUUCCUUUCCAAGUUUUGGAGAUUUUGUUUAGUGAACAAGUGUUUUAUGAUUGUUAGGUAAAAGUUGGUUAUGAUUGUAUAUUUUUGGUUAAUAUUUGGUAGGUUUUUGGUUCACUAAGGUAUAUGUGGGUGCGUUGUAUGUAAAAUUUCUACUGUAGUACCCUCAUGGUACAAUGCUACAUGAGAAUGGUUAAGAAUGAAUUGUUUUAGCUUCUUAUAUAUUAUUCUCAUGCUUAAGAAUUACAUUUUUUUUAACAA